AUGCACUCAGAAGUGCCAUACUGGAGAAGACUGCGGAAGUUGUCAGGAACCUUGCGAGGUUCAGAUUGUCAGGAGUGCAGUAACAAGAAGAUGGCGAUUGUCGAUCUUUUGGAGUUCCGAUCGUACUCCAAGAUCAACAUGUACGAGACUCCGAUCGUCGUUCUUGGAUGUGGCCACUUCUUCACCCGUGAAACUCUGGAUGGUCUUGUUGGCCUCAAUGAAGUUUACACUAUCGGUAUGUUUGGAAGCUACACGGGACUGAAAGACAUCUCAACCUCUCUCACUGAGAAGACGCCCUAUUGUCCAAGCUGCAAGCGUUCAAUUCGACAGUUCGCUACCAAGCGAUACAACCGUGUCAUUAACCGAGCCGUCAUGGAGGACAUCUGCAAGCGCUUCCUCAUCAAGGGGCGCGAGUCACUCCAGAAACUUAACCACAAGCUUCUCAGGGCUGAGACUUCGCUCGGGUCGUCGCGCCGGUCAACAGCCCCUGGGCAUCACCAUACGGCUACCACUUUCUUCAGAGAGCGACAUAUGAAGAUGACGGGGGAAGAAAACCAGCCCAUCAAGAAGCUUUCCGACGCAAUCGCGACAUCUCGACCUCAGGACUCUGGUGGUUCAAAGUCUGUCACUCAAAUGAUGGGCGCUAUGAAACUCUCUCAGCCUUCGCCUGACAACCAAAUUCUCCUGGGAGCACGACUGCUUGCCAUCGAAGCACAAUAG